AUGGGUCGGUUCCAAGUGUCCGAGAUGCGGCCCUGGCCCCCUCGGAGUUCGCAUGUUCCUGAAAGAGGGCAGAGGAUGCGGACAAGCGGUCAGACUUUUGAAUUAUGGUGGAUGCAGACGUGGGCGACGUGCUUCUCUGCGGCCGAAAGGAGAGAAGGAUGUUCGUUGCGUCGGGAGGAAUACGGUGCCUGUCUGGUGUCGCCAUGUCGCCGUGUUGCCCAGCCACGAGUAAGGUCAAGCAGGUACCUCAGGUAG